AUGUCCUACUCGUCGUUUUUCAUCUCAGGACUUCUCUCCCCAGCGUCCUCAGCCCCAACAUCGGAAAGAAGGUCGUCUUUACCAGUAUCCGGUCACUCGAGAACACCGUCAGAAGUGUCGCACUUCUACUUUACGCCAACACGCGACGAUUACCGUUCAUUCCUCUCACUGGAUCUAGCCCACCGACGGUCCAUUGGUCCAUUCUCUUUUGACUCCGUGAUGGUUCCAGACUCACCAACUGUACCACCAUCUCCGCGUAUUUUGCCGUCUGCUAAACCUGCUCCGAUGACCUCUCUUCCGAGUCUUCCCGAUAACAACAAUCUCGAUGUCCUCAACCCUUCUCUUUCACGAAGUCCCACCCCUGUUCAGCGCAAACCUUCUGUUGCCUCACAGGCGACCCGGGCUUCUGCGACAUCUUCAACGGUGUCUACGCACUACCGUCGCACGCGUAGAGAUCGCGCAUUGGAGCGUCUGGAAGGAAAGAGGCCCGUAAAACCGAAAUUUGAGGUCACGGGCAACUUCAUCAGUCUGAGCGAAGAUGAAGACGAGGACCAAAUCCUCCCUGCGGAUGAGGAAAUCGACCUCUCAUUGACGAACGACCAACUGGCCAUGCUUAUCGACAACCCUUAUUAUGUUCCCACCCCGCCUGCCUCCGCCGAACCUCCCAAGCGCGCUCGUCGCAAGACUGUUCUCGGCCUGCAGUCUUUCAUGGACUUCCGCAAUGAUGACGACUCUAACUCACGCUGGAGCUGGCGAAGCUUCAUAGAGAUAGCGACAUGA